AUGGGUCCCGUUCCUAGUUCCAGUUCUAUUCCAAAGUCUACCUCUCGCGAUGGAGGGAUUCUUGGGAGGCUAGAAACGCCCACCCCCCCUUGUUGUACCAGGCGUCUCGCUUUCAUCAUCGAUAUUAUUUUUGGGGUGGUACCUGUAAAGGUUCCUUUAAACUUAAAGUUUGAUGGACAAGGACAAAAAGCUUGGGCAAGUAACGAUUGCCAUAAAAACCCCAAGUGUGCAAGAAUUCCAAUGAGUUUGAAGUUCAGCUUUGUAAAAGAUUCAAUUGUGAGGGACAUAACGUCAAAAGACAGCAAGAAUUUUCAUGUCAAUAUCCUAGGUUGUAAGAAUCUUACUUUCGACCACGUGACUAUAAAUGCACCGGGGAAUAGUAUUAAUAGUGAUGGAAUUCACAUGGGUCGUUGUGAUGAAGUUAAUAUCAUCAAUUCAGUUAUUGGUACUGGUGAUGAUUGUAUCUCACUCGGAGAUGGAAGCAGACAGGUAACAGUUACGAACGUGACGUGUGGACCUGGACACGGCAUAAGCGUAGGAAGUCUAGGACAAUAUCUUGUUGAAGAACCGGUUGCUGGGCUUUAUGUCAAAAAUUGUAAAUUAAUUGGUACAACAAAUGGCCUAAGGAUCAAAACAUGGCCGGCUUCUCCUGCUACUGGAUCGGUUACUGAUAUGCACUAUGAAGAUAUAACUUUGGUUGACGUCCAAAAUCCAAUUAUUGUGGAUCAAGAAUACUGUCCAUACAACAAAUGUAAUAGGAAGAUUCCGUCAAAAAUCAAGAUAAGUAAGGUGAGUUUCAAGAAUAUUAGAGGUAGUUCUGGUACUGCAGUUGCUGUGAAGCUUUUGUGUAGUGCUGCUUAUCCAUGUGAAGAUGUGCAGUUAUCUGACAUUGAUAUCACUUAUACUGGAAGUGACGGUCCAGUUGUAUCUGAAUGUUCGAAUGUGAAACCGGUUGUUACUGGGAUACAAAAACCUCUUAUUUGUCCUUCGUGAGCGUAAGCUAUUUCU